CUUGCUGAGCCCUUGGAUGAAGGAGCUGCCUGGCUGCUGAGGUCCAGAGAGGGUUGGGGACCACCCAGGGGGCAGAGGGCCAGGGCAGCACCUGCAGGGUACAGGGACAUGCCACCUGCUCUCCCCGGGGAGGGAACUCAUGAAUAUUCACACCCACUAGAGCAUGAGGGAGCCAGCCAGCACACUCCUGGGUGUCAUUGGAGCGUUCCUGUUUCCCAGUGACCGCAGAGGCAGCCUGGGAGUCAGAUGUGGCUCAGUCAGGGAGAGGAAAGGGGCAUCCAGACACGGCCGGGGGUGUCUGAGAUGCCGCUGCCGCAGAAGAAGCGCUGGGAGUCCAUGGCCAAGGGGCUGGUGCUGGGAGCACUCUUCACCAGCUUCCUGCUACUGCUGUACUCCUACGCCGUCCCCCCGCUGCACACUGGCCUGGCCUCCACGACCCCCGAGGGCGCAGCACCCUGCUCCCCGGCCCUGAGUGAGCCAGAGGCACCGACCCCGGCCAACGGCUCGGCAGGAGGCUGCCAGCCGAGGCGCGACAUCGUGUUCAUGAAGACGCACAAGACAGCCAGCAGCACGCUGCUCAACAUCCUGUUCCGCUUCGGCCAGAAGCACGGGCUCAAGUUCGCCUUCCCCAACGGCCGCAACGACUUCGACUACCCGGCCUUUUUCGCACGCAGCCUGGUGCAGGACUACCGGCCCGGGGCCUGCUUCAACAUCAUCUGCAACCACAUGCGCUUCCACUACGACGAGGUCCGGGGCCUGGUGCCGCCCAACGCCACCUUCAUCACUGUGCUCCGCGACCCCGCCCGCCUCUUCGAGUCCUCCUUCCACUACUUCGGCUCCGUGGUACCCUUCACGUGGAAACUCUCGGGCCGCGACAAGCUGGCCGAGUUCCUGCAGGACCCAGACCGCUACUACGACCCCCACGGCUACAACGCCCACUACCUCCGCAACCUGCUCUUCUUCGACCUGGGCUACGACAGCGACCUGGACCCCCGCAGCCCGCAGGUGCAGGAGCACAUCCUGGAGGUGGAGCGCCGCUUCCACCUCGUGCUCCUGCAGGAGUAUUUCGACGAGUCGCUGGUGCUGCUCAAGGACCUGCUGUGCUGGGAGCUGGAGGACGUGCUCUACUUCAAGCUCAAUGCCCGCCGCGCCUCGGCAGUGCCGCGCCUCUCCGGCGAGCUGUACCGGCGCGCCACGGCCUGGAACGUGCUGGACGCCCGCCUCUACCGCCACUUCAACGCCAGCUUCUGGCGCAAGGUGGAGGCCUUUGGGCGCGAGCGCAUGGCCCGCGAGGUGGCCGCCCUGCGGCGCGCCAACGAGCGCAUGCGCCGCAUCUGCAUUGACGGCGGCCACGCGGUGGACGCCACCGCCAUCCAGGACUCGGCCAUGCAGCCCUGGCAGCCGCUGGGCACCAAAUCCAUCCUGGGCUAUAACCUCAAGAAGAGCAUUGGGCGGCGGCACGCGCAGCUCUGUCGGCGCAUGCUCACGCCCGAGAUCCAGUACCUGAUGGACCUGGGCGUCAACCUGUGGGUCACCAAGCUCUGGAAGCUCAUCCGGGACUUCCUGCAGUGGUGACGCCCGCCUGUGGAGGAGGGCUGGGCAGGGGCCCGCUGGCCUCCCCCCAUGGCCCUCCUGGUGCCACCCCAGCCCCUGGGGUGAGGCGGGGCUGCUGCAGGGGUGCAACCAGUCAAGGACUGGGCCCACCGCACACAGGGCCUGAGAUCAGUAUUUGACUAAUUAUAGUUUUUUGGUUUUGGGUUUUUGGUUUUUUAAAUUAAAUCCCCUUCCCUCCAAAAAAGAAUGUUCUAUUUUCUGGCUCCCCUUAAAGGGGAGACUUCAGAAGUAAAAGAAUUUGAUGUGUUUUUGUUAA